CGCGAAAGUUCACUAGUCUGCCCGUAAGCGCCAUAACGCGAGCAUCGCCGAGGUGCUGUAGAGCUGCUCGUGCGCGCGUGCAAGAUACGUCAAAACUCCUACAACGCUGUGUUGUGACUUAUGUGUGCUGUGAGUUGUGUACAUAUGCGCGCGCGGGCGACUCCGAUAUUUACACUUUUUCUGCUCUCACCUCGCACUGCUCUAUAGUUCAAGUACAUAUACCGUCUAUAGAGCCUUUGGCAGUCACGUUUUUUACAUUAAUUUUUCAGAAUUACACGUUUUCUCGAUGCUUCAAGAGCUCAAGGCUCUUUUAAUUUGACGUCUCCCAAGCGAGAGGUUAUAUACAAUUCUUGUAUAAUAUGUGAUUCAAAACUCCGACAGAUUGACUGCACACGUCCGAGUGUUGUGUACAACUCUUUGUUGACAGCUUGCCUCGAUAUAUGUCUCUCCUAGUUCGAUCUAUCAGCUGAUUAACAUUCGGCUGAUUCGCUUCAAUUAUGAGUGCAAAAUGUUGUUGAAUAUUCAUGAAAAUAUAUUCUGUCACUAUACUUAUUGUCAUGGCAACAUAGUAUGAUCUUCUAUAUACAUAUAUUGUCACAGUACAUGCGUAAAACUUGCAGAGGUUGCAAAAUACUUUGGUAUCUACUUGGUCUUUGAUCAAUUACCACUCUCAGGCUUCUUUUUGUUGCAUUCUUCAUUCUGCUUGCAUUGGCAAUGAUUAUCAACCAGUCACAAGUCAAGACAGUUGAGCGUCUAGCGAAGCAAGGACAUUUCUGAUCAGAUUAGAGCAGUUUGACCCAACUAAUUUCUCAAUGGCAAAUACAUAGAAUACUACAAAAUACAAAAACCACAAUUGUUUGGGAUCAAAUUUGUUCAAUUAAAUCAACAAAAUGAAGGAAAAAUUCAGAAUGUUCAGGCUCUUGCUUUACAAAAAUUAUUUGGUGCGCAAGAGGCACUGGAAAAUGGGUCUCUUUGUAGAAAUCUUGAUUCCUGUUUUGCUAUUCAUGCUAAUACAGGCUUGUAGAGAUUUUUCAGCUCAACAGCCUCAAGAAUUUGUCAAUAACACUUACUAUGAAACUGAGAGCAAAGAAGAACUUAUACAGUCAGCCAAUUAUCAGACUAUGAUUUACUUUGUGCCCGAAAACAGAUUUACCAGAACUUUAAUAGAAAAAACUAGAAAAUGCUUAAAGUUCACAGCUGGAAAAAUUACUGGCUUUAACUCUGAAGAAGAAAUGCUUCAAAAGUAUGCUCUAUAUCAAACACAAAGUCCUUCGAAUGAUGUUGUAGCUAUAGUAUUUAAUAAGGAUCACGUUAAUGUUACAACCAAGCGAUUAGAUUAUGCAAUUAGAACAUUUUAUAGUAUUCCUAAUAUAUUGUACAAAAUAGAAGAUGAAAAUUUUUCAAAUUCUGUAAAACAAAUAUUCAAUGACAUCAUACCUUUCACACAGAUUCAAUUGUGUUUAGAUGAAGCCUUCAUUAAAAUGAAAGCUCCAAAUCCCCCUUUUAAAACACAAAUAUCACUGGAACAAAUGCCAUACCCACCAUAUAUAAAAAUAGAUGAAGCCGAUCUAAUAACCAGGAUAAUGUUUUGUGGCUUUGCUGUAAUUGCAUUUUUAAUACCUUUAUGCAUAGAAUCAACUUUUGCAGCAGAAGAAAAAUUCAUUGGAAUAAAUGUUUUAAUGGCAAUGAACGGAGUACCAACUUAUUUAAAUUUAUUGAGUUGGCUGAUUAGCGGAUUAAUCUUUAGUGUAUCAUAUGUGACUGCUUUAAUUCUAUUAUUCAAUAUAGCCUUUACUGAAAAUGUCCAUCCUUAUUUGUAUUAUGGAAAUAGUUUCAUUUUUUGGUUGACAUUGAUACUACAUGUUGGUCACUUAUUAACAUUUGGAAUGCAUAUCUCCGCCUAUUUUUCCAAAUCUUUAUUUAUGGUAUCUGGAAUUUUGGCACUAUACGGUGGCUCUAGUAUGUUGCAAAAGUACAGUAUUAAAGGAGAUUAUUUUGCAGCAGUACCUUAUCUUGGAAUCUUUUUUCCAAACAUUCUACUAUUUAGAGCAUUCCAAGAAGUCAAUAAUUAUGAAAAUAUGUUGACGGGAAUUCAGUGGAAAAAUUUGUUUACGGUUGGAGAUCCAGUAUACAAAACAGCUGGAAGUGUGGGAAUGAUAAUGAUAUUUUCUAUCAUUGGCACUGUUUUUCACUUUUUGAUGACAGUUUAUAUUUAUGGAGUUCAUCCAGGAAAAUAUGGAGUCAAAAAACAUCCACUAUUCUUUUUGAAGUUUGGUAAAACCAAGAAUAAAGUAAUUGCCGAUGAAGAAAUGCAAGAUUAUGAAUUUAAUGACGCAGAUAAACCUUUUGAAUCAGUUCCAAGGAAUGCCUAUACUCCCGGAAUUCAAAUUCGAAAUCUUAAAAAAGAAUACAGAACUCAUUUAAUGAGUAAAAUGAAAGUACAAGCUCUCCGUGGUGUAUCAGUUGAUUUCUAUAAAGGUCAGAUUACUGCCUUACUUGGACAUAAUGGUGCUGGAAAAACUACAUUAAUGUCUAUUUUAACAGGCAUGAUUAGCCCUACACAUGGAACGGUUUUAAUAAAUGGUAAAAAUGUAAGAGAAGAAUCAAAUGUAAUCAUGAAUGAUUUAGGCUUAUGCCCUCAAGAAGAUAUGCUAUUCCCAAAUCUUUCGGUUUACGAACAAAUUGAAUUUUUUGCAAUGUUGAAAGGUAAAAAUAAAUCAAAAGCAGCCAUCAAAAACGAUAUACAAGUUUUGUUAGACAAACUGAAAUUAUUUGAUAAAAGAAACGCUAUGCCAAAAGAACUUUCAGGUGGUCAAAAAAGACGAGUAUGUCUUGGAAUGGCAGUAAUUGGUGAUUCAAGUACUUUAAUUUUGGAUGAGCCUACUUCUGGUAUGGAUCCAGAAAGUAGACGCGAUACUUGGGACAUAAUAUUGAAAAUGAGAGGACAAAAGACAAUAUUAAUAAGCACCCACGAUAUGGAAGAAGCUGAUAUUCUGGGUGAUAGAAUAGCAAUAGUUCACCAGGGGAGAUUAAGAAGUUAUGGGACAUCGAUGUUUUUGAAAAAAUUAUUAGGUCACGGAAACAUUGAAGUCACAUUAUCUACCGAACCAUGGUGCGACGCACAAAAAUGUUUAGACCAAUUAGAUGCAAGAGGACAAAUACUCAAUCUGGAUGGAGGAAAAUUAGUUUUGAGUAUUCCUUAUACUCCAGAACUACCCGAUUCUUUAGAUAAAAUGGAAAAGAAAAAGAAAGAAUUAGGUGUUACUGGAAUGAGUGUUUCUCUCAUUACGUUAGAACAAGUAUUUCUUAAAGUCACAAAAGAUAAUGAAGAUGUUACUGAUUCCUGCCAACCGUUUUUGGAUAAAACUACGAAACUUAAAGGUCAAUCACUUUUUAUACAGUCAAUACUAGCAUUACUUCGGAAGAAAAUUACCUACACGCGUAAAAAUAUAAUCACAGUUGCCCUAAUAAUUUUACUGCCGAUACUGUGCGUUAUAUUCAUGGCUAUGGAUUACAAUAUGUCCAAUGAUGCACCAACUCCGAUGCCUUUACAUCUUGAUAUGUACCCGCAGCCCUUGACUUACGUAAGAAGUGAAAAUCCAUUAAUUGCUGAAAAAUUCAAAUAUACAACGGAAAUGUUUGGUGCAGAAUCUCACGAUGCCUCUGAUUUUAGCAGCCUUACCACUGCUAUGUUGGACUUGGGUAGCCGAGACAUGGCGACCUAUCGAAAUCACCUGAUCAGCGCGGCCGAGUUCAACGUGACAGAGAACGUCACCCAGGCAAACAUCUUCUUCUCGGAUUACGCAAUGUUCAGCAUUCCGCUGUCGGUGAAUCUCGUGUCGAACGUACUGCUAAAAGCACUGACCGACGACGAGCACUCGAUCAGCUUGUCGGUCCAUCGGCUGCCACACUCGCUGCAGGCGACUCUACCCAGCGAGGACAACGUCGACGUCUACGGUACCGCAUUGCUCUUCGUCUUCUUCCUCUUCCCAGCCAUCGCGCUCUUCGUCAUUCAUCCACUCAGAGAGACCCUGAGCAAUGUCAAACAGCUGCAACGCAUGACGGGGGUGUCCUGUUUCAGCUACUGGGGCACCAUGUUCGCCUUCGACAUGGCCGUGUUUCUCGUCACGAUCGCCUGUAUCGUCAUCGGCUUCAUUUGCAUGGAUAGCGCUAUAGAUUUGAGAUUGUACGAGGCGACGGAAAUCGGUAUAACAAUACUGAUAUUAGUACUUUUCGCCAUCAACGUUUUGCCGCUGAUCUACAUAUGUAGCUUUUUCAAAAAGUCGACGAGUACCGUCAUCACGCUUUUGAGUCUUCUACCGUUUGGUUUGGUGUCGCUCGAGCUGAUAAUGCAUGUGAUCGCUCUCACGCUUAGCCGCGUGAAGACAGUCAAAAUAUUAAGAGCCAUCCAAAAAGGCGUAUUUUUACUAGUACCGUAUCUCAGCUUUUUCCAUGGUCAAGUGUCAUUUUUCACCACGGCCACUAAAAAUGCUCGGUGUCGUCGAUUACCCAAUAUGCUGCACGCUGUAGCUUGUUUAACCAAAGACGUAUGUUGUGGUUUAGACUGUUACGAUGGAAAAUGCAAACAUCGUUUGGACUACUUUAAAAACUACAAAGAUGAUAUGUCGUUGGAAGAAAGCAUAACGUACCUUUGCAUCACGCCCAUUCUAUAUUUCGGUAUUCUUGCUGCACUCGAAUACAAAUUAGUGCCCUUGAUGCUGUCCAGAAUGCGAAAUGGCAAAUACGAAGCUCUCGAAGAUCCGUGUGAUGAACAAGUGAAGAAAGAAAAGCACGCGGUUGCUUUUGAAAUCGCUAAGGCCAAAACACUUUAUGAAAUGCAUAAACUCGUUCACAACGGAAAAAGGAAAUCCAUUGGCUCGCGGAAUUUACAUACAGCCCUCUGUCCAAUCGAAGUCAAGCCAAAGAAAAAGUCAGCAAAAGCAGUAAUUAAGGCCGAGACGAAUGGAAAUGCGCCUUGCGAAGAAAGCAAUGUUUUAUCCAAUAAUGACACAUCUAACAAUUACAUGUUUUUGGUUUACGAGCUAAGCAAACGUUAUGGCAAGCUACUCGCUGUCGAAGAAAUUAGUUUUGGAGUUAAGCAACACGAGUGCUUCGGACUUCUGGGAGUGAACGGCGCCGGUAAAUCCACGACUUUUAGAAUGAUGACAGGUGAAUCGGUGCCUAACAGUGGAUUAAUGUACCUGGGAAACAAGGACUAUACAAAUAAUCGUAAACAUUGUCUUUCACAAAUGGGAUAUUGUCCACAAAAUGAUGCUAUUGUAAAGUGUCUCAAUGCCUACGAUCAUUUAAGACUAUUUGCUCGUCUGAGAGGAAUUCCUGAAUCUCAAGUGGAAAAUGAAGUUAAAAAGUGGAUCGAUAGACUGAAUUUAAAUAUUUGUGCAUCACAACCAAGUGGCACAUACAGCGGUGGCAAUAAACGCCGCCUCAAUAUUGCAAUGGCAUUGAUUGGCCAUCCGAAUCUCGUAUUGCUAGAUGAACCGACGACAGGUGUUGAUCCAGCAGCCAGGCGUUCUUUAUGGAACGUCAUUCAAUCUUGUCAGACAGCUGGUCAAGCUAUCAUAUUGACGUCACAUAGUAUGGAAGAAUGUGAAGCACUUUGUAAUCGAUUGGUAAUAAUGGUAAAUGGACAACUAGUGUGCGUCGGGCAAUGCCAAGAACUAAAACAACGUUUCGGCGCUGGAUUUGAUAUUCAAUUGAAAUUAAAUCCAGAAAAAUCAAUUUCUGAAAUGGAGAAUAUCAAGAAAGAUAUAGAGCAAGCACUAAACUGCGAACUUGUUGACGAAAACUCAGGUUUUCUCAUGUAUCACGUAACUUCACCGGACAUAGCGUGGAGAAGAAUGUACGAUUUAAUGAGUGAACUUCGUAGCAGAUAUGCUAGUAUCGACGACUUUUCCGUAUUAUCAUCAUCCUUGGAGCAGCUAUUUUUACUGUUUGCUAGAACAGCUAAUCGCUCCAAUCGUAAGACCUACAAGUGAUGAGUUGUUGGAAAACCAACAAAUGUAAAUUAAUAACCAAAGGAUCAAUAACUAAGACUAAUUUUAUGUGUUAUACUAGAAACUGUCUUUGUAAUUGAAAUUUUCAAUUUUGAACGUGUUUUACACCUACUUAUAAAAAUCGAUAUAGAAUUUAUACGUUCGAAAAAAACUAGAAAUCAACGAUUGACCAUUUGUAGUAAAAUUCAUCUGAGACAAAUGCGUUCAGAUUCGCUUGAAGUAUUGGAGUAUCUUCAUCAGUAUUUUUUCUUAACCAAGUAUCUUGAGCACAGAUUACUUAUCUUCAGAAAUUUUCACUUCAUAGUGUUACGAUUUGAAAUAAGGCUAACGAUUUGAUUAUUUCGAUGAUUUUUACUACGAAUUUUUUCAAAUGUUAAUGUACUGUGUCAUUAUAAUUAAUUUUCAUCUUUGAAAUCUGAGACUUUAAUAAGUCAGUUUUUGUUCAAUUGACACUAUCAAUAAUUUUUCAUUUUUUUGUCAAGUAAGUUGUCAAAAGUAUUGCAAUUUUCUCAAAUUUUGCUUACAGGUUAAACUGCCGCAAUAUAUAUUUUAAUAUUUUAUAUAUAUUAAAUGUAUAAAACGAGUACUUGCAAUGUUUAAUUGUCUUUACGUUUAAUUGUUAGUUAUGUUUAAAAAAUUCAUUAACUGGUUGUAAAAAACUACUCAAGAUGUUUUGGGUACUGUGAUUAAGGUCGAAAUUAUUAAAAUUAUUUUUUUUUAAUAUUGUUAGAUAGCUUCUAAAUGUAUUAUUAUAAUUUGUUUAGUCUAUGAAAACUGCAUUAAAUUAAUUAUUGCUAAGUUUAAAACUAAAAGAUAAAAUCCUUAUAGAUUAGUUUCAUUGUCUGAAAAAAGUUUAAAGCAAUAGGUAUAAACGUUCAUUGUUUAAACUUUAAAAAUAAAAGUAAAUUGAUAUUGAGCGUUGAAAAAUGGAUAAAAUAGAAAAUUAAUGUUUCUAUAAGGUUUCGAAUUGGUUAAUAAAUUUAUAAUUAUGUGCCUUUUGAGUAUUAAGUCUAAAAGUAUCCUUAUUGGAUUUCAAUAUGAUGUAAAAUUUUUGUUGCACAUAGAUCUGAGUGAUGUUUAAAAAUAAGUGUUUGUAAUUUAAAACAUGACUUAAAAUUAUUAUCAUUUUUUUGAAUUAUUAUUAUAAUUUUGAAAGAUGUUGAAUAACGAUUACUCCACAAGUAUCGAGUAAAUAUAUAAAUUACAGUUUUAUAAAUUGUUAGAUACGGAAAGAAGAGAAUCAAGUGAGUAUUAGAAAUUUAGUACAAUUUGGUGUUUGUACUCUCGAAAUUUAGUAAUUUUUGGAAGUAUUGAAAAUGUUCAGUGGGCGAUUAAAAUUAUAAUUUAAAUUUUCCCGCAGACUGUACAAAUAUAUAAGGUAACGAAAAUUUCGCAAUAUAAUUUUAAGUGCAAUGAUACAAAAAGUUUUGUAUUAAAAUAAUUGUAAAUAUAUUGUAUUAAAUCUUUAGAUCAGUCGAUGUUGUACGUAUUAAAUGUAAUUUUAAUGAAUUUUGUCACUUUUUUUAUAAUAUAGUAAUAAUAAUGUAUAUUUUGAUAUAAAUUUAUAAAUAUACAUAUAAUUUACAUUUAUUCAAUUUCGGUUGAUGUAUUUUACUUCAAUCACGUUACACACAUUUGAUUUUAAAUCAAGAUGUACACUCUAAACCCAAAAGAGUAAUUUUCGAACCUCAAAAGAGUAAUCUGCGCAAAUUACUCUUUUAAAA